AUGGGGUUCCUCAAGGGUCAGUCUUGGGCCCCCAACUCUAUAUAUUGUACACCGCGUCUGUUGCUGACAUCAGUAAGUCUCAUAAUCUACAGUACCACUAUACUGACGACACACAAUUAUACGUUGCCUUUAAGACCAAUUGUGAUGUUGAUGCAGGUCUUUCUACAUCAAGAGUUGAACGCUGUGUUACAGAUAUCGACUGA